UGGCUAAUGUUAUGUGAUUGAUGUUCCACAGGAGUUUACUGUAGGAAAGAACAGCUGUCUACAGGCAGCUGUAGACAUGAUAGAAGGUGAGAAGCAGGGGACGUACCUGUGCCCUCCCGACCUGCACUGUGCUUUAUGUCUGUGAUUGUUGUUCCACAGGAGUUUACUGUAGGAAAGAACAGCUGUCUACAGGCAGCUGUAGACAUGAUAGAAGGUGAGAAGCAGGGGACGUACCUGUGCCCUCCCGACCUGCACUGUGCUUAAUGUUAUGUGAUUGAUGUUCCACAGGAGUUUACAGUAGGAAAGAACAGCUGUCUACAGGCAGCUGUAGACAUGAUAGAAGGUGAGAAGCAGGGGACGUACCUGUGCCCUCCCGAUCUACACUGUGCUGCCGUCACCUUCCUACAUGCUCUGUGGCAGGACAGGAGAGAUGGGGCUCUGUCUGUACUCAGGGGGAGAGAGAAGUUCUGGGAGAGCCUGCUCCUGCCCCUACAGAAAGACCUACCUGCCAUCCACACUAACCCCCAGGUGGUGACAGGGCAGCUGAAGACAUGUGCACAUGUCAUGAACAUCAUGGCUAUGGAGGUGCACAGUAUCGGCAGUACCUCUCUAGACAAGGAGCUAAAGAAGUGUCUAAAGGACUUUGCAGAUAAGAAGAGAUUUAUUCAUUGGUCUGAGUACAUGACCAGCCUGGUUGAACACCUGUGUGAGGAGGAGGGGGGUCCUGUGGACCCUGCCCACCUGAGGGAGAACCCGUACCUGGUGUUCCUGUCCGCCUGUAGGGUGGCGCUACUGGUGGCAGCCAGUCAGGAGGUCACCAUGCACCUGUCUGACAAAAACACCAAGGUCAAGAUCAUCCACAACAUCCUCACAGGGAUUACAACAUUGGUGUCCCAUCUUGACUCUGUGCUGACUGUUAAGGCAGCCACAUUGCUGACUGGACUCUAUGUUGCCCUACUGCCACACUGGAAGGGAAGCCUCCAGCCUCUUGGACAGUUGGAGAAGCUGGUACCAAUUCUUGAGGAUGUUGUAGGGGAUUCUCAGCCACUGAAAAAGAUCAAAACGCCACUCUUCUCUGCUAUCCUCACAUUACUUAAAAUCAAAGGAGAGGACAGUAUCACUGAAGAUACAGAACUGGUGUCCAGACUGUUGUCUGUGGUCUGUACUGUGGUACAGGAAGCCACCAUCUACAGACCACCACAGUCUACAGAGACUGUUAAAACAGCAGGAACCAAUGGGCAGGGGGAGAACAAUGAUGUAGCCAAUGGUGACUCAGGCAUGCAGACAGCUAAGAAAGAUACCUACUCUUUGGAGAACCAGUCUGUGUGUGUACUGGAAGCCCUGUGUUCUGUACCAGAGGUGUGGUUAGAAGCCAUGAGAAGACACUGCCUCCUACAGGCCCUCCUGUCCACAGUGGAGACAUGUCUAAACAACAGAAGGAACCUGUCGUUUGUGGAGACUGCCAUGCAGCUCUUCCUAACUGCAGCAAAGGAACCCAAGGCAGCCUUUGUUCUAGCUGGAAGUGGAGUAACACAACACCUGUGUAUCCCACUCUCUACAACAUACCAGUCCCCCCAGGACUUCAGUGGUACAGUCCUCUCAUCCCUGAAUGGCAGUGAGAAAUCCCUGGAUGCCUCAUCCUGGCCAGGGGUGUACAGGAUGGCAUUAGAUCUGGAGGCAUUACUCUUGGGUACACUGAAGCAUGACUUCCUGUCUGAUGCCUUAGAUUUUGUUGGAGUUCAUCAGGACAGAAUGCUACAGUGCCUGUAUGCAGUGAGGUCCAACCUGUUGCCAGCCUGCCUGUUGGAGGUGGAGAAAACCAGUUUGUUCCUGUUCCAACUGGUUCAUCACAGCAGGGAGUGGCAGUUCCACCUGCCACAGCUGCACCAGGCCAUGAAGGAGGCAGUGUGCCAUCUUGUCCACACCUGUGCAGCACUGCUAUCCCGCCCCCGUUUACUGGACCACAUGGUACAGUCCAACACAAAACAUCCCAGGAGUACCCCCCAGAGACAGACCUCAGUGACUCGCACCCUCCGACAUUCCUCUUCUUCUGAUGAUGUGGACAAACCAAGUCAGGAGCUUCUUCAAGUCCAGGCAAGAUUGCUGAGGAUACUGGGUAACUGCCUGUCUAUGCUGAGACAUCUGACUCCCAACCUGUGUGAGAUCCUUUUGGACCAGGCGAUGGAUGUGAGUGAGUACCCCCUGAUGUUUGCCCUGGCGUUCGGGAGCCCCACGGUGGACCAGGACUCGCCCCCCUCCCUGGGCACACUGCUGGCCUGUGUGAACCUGGGACUGAGACUGUUGGUGAAGGUGGAGCCCAGCAGGGUGACUUCACCAGUCAAGUCACCAGGGGGAGCUGCUCCUGUACAGAAACCAGUUGUCCUGUACAUCCUGGAGAACUCCCUACUGUUGCUGAUGUCACAUGCAGCCCGUUACCUGAGGGAGCCUGGGAUACCUGUCCGAGACAAACAGCUCAUGAAGAGGGAGCUCAGCACAGAGCUGGGUACAUUUCUACUGAGUUUGCAGCGUUACAUCAAGCGUGGCGCACCCCCCUCCCCUGGAGCAUCCACCCUACCCAGCCCACAGCAGUUCCAGCGAGGCGCUACGCCCAGAAUGGCCUUCGGUUCCUCCAGGAACACGCCUUCUUCCAGCUUGUUAACACCUUCAUGAAGCGUGUCUUGCGAUAGAAUAGCCUUAUCUUUAUUGUUUACAUUACGGUGGUAUCUCACUGAACUUGGGGCACAGGUGCGGCACAGCGGGGUUCGUUCACUGCUGCACUGUUUUCUUAUUUUCGCCGAUUUUUUAUAAAUUACAUUUUGUGUAAUAUGUAAAAGUAUGACUUACCAGACAACAAAAUACACAAAACAUAAGAAAAUUUGUUCAUCUCUGAAAUUCAUUGACUCAUCUACAAACCCAGCAGUACCACACCAGUGCCUCAAGUGCGGUGAGAUACCACCUUUAGUCAUCAUGUGUAUGAGUCAAACAGUUAUUGUCAAUUCAGAUCUAUAACAUUUAGUGGAACACAGCACAGUAACGUUGAAAAAACUGUGAUCGUUGCUAUGAGUUUGGUAAGAAAAAUGUACAAUGUUCCAUAAUAAAAUGGAUUUUGUCACAAAGUAUGACUGUGUUCAAUAAGUUCAGAGUAUGUAACAGGAACUUUAGGAAGUAAUGCCAUUUGUGUAAAAGUUCUCCAAACUUAUGAAGUGUAUCAUUCAGUAUUUUUGAAGUACAUUGUAUUGAGCAUUUGAUAUAUACAUUGCAAUGUGUACAGCUAACUGUUUUCUAUCACUUUUAUUUCCUGUGAUACUUUCUUUAGUAAGACUGAACCUCAGAAUAAACGUUAACAGUUUUCAAAGACUGUAGAAAAAGCAACCAAGUUUAGUGGAAAGUGUUGAAGGUCAGGAUAUUUUCGUAUGAGAUGAUUUUAAGACAGGCUAGGUGAAGGCGAAUUAGUGAAGUAGAUACAUGACUUUUUGUACAAGUAAAGAAGAUGAAAA